CUGAGGCGGAGGGGGUGGUGCAGCAGGAGCGGCGGCGGCGGCGGCGGCAGCGGUGAAAAGGAGGGGGACACCCACCCUGCGGGGCUCCAUGCACUCAGUCUUUGUCUAAAGCCCGCCUGCCCGCUGCUCGCGUCCAACGCACACAAAAGCUCUCGACGUCGCCGCCGCGUAAGCACACGAGCGAACUCCUCCAGCACGACAAGAGGACACCACGGAUGGCUUGAACGAGGACGCCCGUGGCGCGUGUUUUCUUUUUUUGUGCGUGCAACCAGAAAAAAUAAAUAGCGAGAAGAAAGUCCGAGCAGCAGCAGCGAAGAAGAAGCAGCCGGAGCAGGAGCAUCGCAAUCGCAAGAUCUGAGAAGCGGAUCGCGGCAAGAUGAGCUGGAGUUUCCUGACGCGCCUCUUGGACGAGAUCUCCAAUCACUCCACGUUCGUGGGCAAGAUCUGGCUGACGCUGCUGAUCGUCUUCCGCAUCGUGCUGACGGCGGUGGGCGGCGAGUCCAUCUACUACGACGAGCAGAGCAAAUUUGUGUGCAACACGCAGCAGCCCGGUUGCGAGAACGUGUGCUACGAUGCUUUUGCGCCGCUCUCGCACAUCCGCUUCUGGGUCUUCCAGGUGAUUAUGAUCACCACGCCCACCAUCAUGUACCUGGGCUUCGCCAUGCACAAGAUCGCCCGCAUGGAGGACGCCGACUACCGUCCGCGGGCCCGCAAGCGCAUGCCCAUCGUCAGCCGCGGCGCCAACCGCGACUACGAGGAGGCCGAGGACAACGGCGAGGAGGACCCCAUGAUCCUGGAGGAGAUUGAGCCGGAGAAGGACAAGGAAGUGGAGGAGAAGCCCAGCAAGAAACACGACGGGCGGCGGCGCAUCAAGCGCGACGGCCUGAUGAAGGUGUACAUCUUCCAGCUGCUGUCGCGCGCCACCUUCGAGGUGUCCUUCCUGCUGGGCCAGUACGUGCUGUACGGCCUGGAGGUGGCGCCGUCCUACGUGUGCACCCGCUCGCCCUGCCCGCACACGGUGAACUGUUACGUGUCGCGCCCCACCGAGAAAACCAUCUUCCUGCUCAUCAUGUACGCCGUCAGCGCCUUGUGCCUGCUCUUCACCAUGCUGGAAAUCCUUCACCUGGGCAUCAGCGGCGUCCGCGACUGCUUCUGCGCCCCGCGCCCGCCCACCCCCCGACACUCGGCGCCGGCCAGCCAGAGGUCCUCCAUCUCCCGGCAGCCGUCGGCGCCUCCGGGCUACCACACGGCGCUCAAGAAGGAGCCGUCGUCGGGCAAGCCGGGCUUCCGGGACAACCUGGCCGACUCGGGCCGCGAGUCCUUUGGCGACGAGGCCUCCUCGCGUGAGCUGGAGAGGCUCCGCAGGCAUCUGAAGCUGGCCCAGCAGCAUCUGGACCUGGCCUACCACAGCGAGGAGCUCAGCCCGUCCCGCAGCAGCAGCCCCGAGUCCAACGGGACGGCGGCCGAGCAGAACCGACUCAACUUUGCCCAGGAGAAGCAGACCGCCGCGGCCGACAAAGGUAUGCGUGCGUAGGCAGUGGUCAGCGCCAGCCCAGCCUGGAAACCGGACCUGACAUCUGGAUCGCUGAUUGGGCAGAAGGGAAACCCGCAACAAUUACAAAUGUGUGUGUGUGUGUGUGUGUGUGUGUGUACGGAAGAGACGCAGUGACUUUCUCCGGCUUGGGGUGUAUGAAGUCAGCCCCGAGCAAUAUCAGUGUUCUGGCCCGUCCAAAAAGGAGGAGAACGGUGGACUCAACCUGACAUUGCUUGAGACAAAAAAAAAAAGUCCGAUCCAAAGUGCUUUUUGCCAUAAAGCGUCUCCCUCAGGGCAGCUACCUUUUUUUUUUUUUUUUUUUUCGUUUUCUUUUCUACACAUAUCUAUCUUUGUUAUAGGAGACUUAGAGCUAGUCACAAUUUAAGAGUUGGAAGUGUGGGAGGUUGAGUUCAAUGCAUCUCAGCUUUACAACUGGAAUGCCUGCCACAGUUUGGGAAUAGUGGGAACGGUGAGCAAAGCUGAAUGGCUGAGGCACCUUGCUUCAAAAGAAAGGUACUGACUGGACCAAGUGUUGGUUGACCAGACCAAGGCCCUCCAGUGAUUUUUUGGGGUACUGUUCUGUUGUUGUUGUUGUUGUUGUUGUUGGCGGCCAUGCUGCACCAGCUUUGCAAACACUCACGCCGGAGUGAGGUGCCUCCGUCCAAAGACAGACAAACCUGGGUAAUGCUUGAAAACUCUUUAUAUUGUUCUUUAUUAUUAUUUUUUUCUACAAUCUUGUCAAAAAAAGGCGCCUUUUUGAUUUUAUGUAUACAACCGCUAUCUAUAUAUAAAUCACUGCUGUCUUAGCUCCCUUCCGUAGCCUGAUUGAGUCUGGGGGGCGGGGGCACGUUUUGACCAUUUGCUUUGGUACGAGUUCAUUUUCUUUUUCGGAAAUCGGUACACGGAGCACACGUUCGUUUGUUCCAAAAAAGGGAUACUUGUUAUUGAAUGACUGGUUGGUUGGUUGGUUGGUUGGUUGGUUGUAAACCUCGCAAUCAUUUCAAUGUGAACUCAAGGCCUUUGGAUUUUUGGGGUACGUGAAGUCGACCCGCUCAGUGCCACUUUGUGCCGACUCAAAAACAGUCAUCUCAAUGUAUUUUUGUAGAAUGAUACUUUUGUACGUUUUUUAUACCCUUUUUGUAAUGCUAGUUUUUGUGGUCGUUGUUUUUUCCAAUAAAAUAUUCGCCAAAAUG